GCUUCCCUUGCAUAUGUCAGCGUGUUCAGGACAGUGACACAUGAAACGUUUUAAAUGCGCAUUCUAAAUAUGCACACGACGCUCAGCAGUGGUGGAGUUGGCUCAUAUCUAAGCCGUGCCCGUGUGGCAGUAGCUGCAGGCUCACUUUGAGCUCGGCUCUCCAGGCUGCUCCUGAGAUGCCGAUGUCUCGCAGCGUGUGUCACUCCCGAGAGCCACAGGGAGGGCAGCCUGUGAUCGUUCGCUGCUGCACCCCGUGGGCUCUGAGUGUGCCACGCUCAUGCCCUCUCCCGACACGCUCAGCUCCCAGCCCGGCUGCUCCCAGGCCAGUGAUGUAAAUGCACCAGCUGCUUCCCAAGAACCAGUCCGCAUCCCGCGGGAGGGAGGGGCCGGUCCCCUUCCCGGGCAUCAGCCUCCCUGCUCGCAGCCUGAGCCCUCUCCCCAGCCACGGUGCUGCGUCCCUGCGUCCCUGCAUCCCCUCGUCCCCGAGUCACGGAGCAUAAUCCUCUUUCAGGCCCGCGAUUCGGCAGCGUGGCUUAGUCUAAAGACUCGGCUUGCUUGGGAUCUGACUGUGGGGACAGAGGCCAGGUUCGUUUAGAGGGGCUUGGCUGGCCUGGCCACCCCCUGCGGCCGGCAGAGAGGAGGUGGCCAGGAGGAAGGCAGCUCCCCGCGUGGAAAAUGAAGGCGCUGCUGUUGCUGAUCUUGCCCUGGCUCAGCCCUGCCAACUACAUUGACAAUGUGGGCAACCUGUACUUCCUGUACUCAGAACUCUGUAAAGUGGCGUCCCACUAUGGCCUGACCGAAGACAGGAAGCGCCCGGGAGACGGCUGUGGGGAUGGCCACGUGAGCCUCACGGCCACGGCGCUGUCCCCGGAGACCUCUGCAGCCGCCACCAUCUCCCUCAUGACGGACGAGCCUGGCCUGGACAACCCCGCUACGUGCCACGGAGGACAGCCCGCCGCUCACUGCCUGAAUGACUCUGGCCGGAGCAGCCGGGCUCGGGCACGGCCCUUCGAGAGAUCCUCGGUCAGAAGCAGAUCUUUCAAAAAAAUAAAUCGCGCUUUGAGCGUUCUUCGAAGGACCAAGAGUGGGAGUGCGGUUGCCAACCAGGCUGACCAGAACAGGGAAAAUUCUCACAAUCCGGCCACCCCCGAAGCCUUCCCAAGGUUGUACCACCUGAUUCCAGACGGCGAAAUUACCAGCAUCAGAAUCCGAAGGGUGGAUCCCAAUGAAAGUCUCUCCAUUAGGCUCGUGGGAGGCAGUGAGACCCCGCUGGUCCAUAUCAUCAUCCAACACAUUUACCGAGACGGGGCGGUAGCCAGAGACGGCCGGCUCCUGCCCGGAGACGUCAUCCUGAAGGUAGACGCCACGGCCGUGUGGCUGGGGCGAGGAAGCCAGCGAGAGACGCGUCCAUCCGUCGUGUCACGCCAGGUCCGACAGCAGAGCCCCGACGUCUUGGAGGAACUCGGCUGGGACGGCAGCGGUGGCCAGUGCCCGGGGCCCGUGCCGGGGAGCAGCACCCCCAAGCCCCUCCGUCCUGCAGUCGGGUGUCGUGAGAAGGUGGUGAGUGUACGGAAAGAGCCCGAUGAGUCUCUCGGCAUGACCGUGUCAGGGGGAGCGUCCCACAGGGAGUGGGACUUGCCUAUCUACGUCAUCAGCGUCGAGCCCGGAGGAGUCAUUAGCAGAGACGGAAGAAUCAAAACAGGUGACAUUUUGUUGAACGUGAAUGGGGUCGAGCUAACGGAGGUCAGCCGGAGCGAGGCGGUGGCGUUGUUGAAAAGCACUUCGUCCUCGGUGGUCCUCAAAGCCUUGGAGGUCACGGAGCGCGAGCCCCAGGCGGACUGCGGCAGCCCGGCCACCCUGGACUCCAACCACAACGUGACUCCACCUAGCGACUGGUCCCCGUCCUGGGUCAUGUGGCUGGAAUUACCACGGUACUUGUAUAACUGCAAAGAUGUUAUAUUGCGAAGAAACACAGCUGGAAGUCUGGGCUUCUGCAUUGUAGGCGGUUAUGAAGAAUACAACGGGGACCAACCUUUUUUUAUCAAAUCCAUUGUGGAAGGAACACCAGCAUACAAUGAUGGAAGAAUUAGAUGUGGUGAUAUUCUUCUGGCUGUCAACGGGCGAAGUACCUCAGGAAUGAUCCAUGCUAGCUUGGCAAGGAUGCUGAAAGAACUUAAAGGAAGAAUAACUCUCACUAUUGUUUCUUGGCCUGGCACUUUUUUAUAGAAUCAAUGACAGGUCAGAAAAAAAAAACAGAAAAAUCACAAAUAGGCUAAGCUGAAACAAUAUAUUUAUCUCGCCCAUUUUUAUAUUUAAAGAACACAUUGUAAAAAUGUCAGGAAAAGUGUGGUCUGAUGGAAGCCAGUCACACCUCAGAAAAUGAUUCUGCAAAAAUAAAAACGAAUAGAUUUCAUUCACGGUGGAGGAUUUCUCAUUACUCCACGACUUUACGUUUAUAAUUUUCUAUUCGAUAAAAAGCCCUUCAACAGCUAAAAUGAUUUGUAUGACCCACUGAAUUCAAAUCAGUUUAAACAUUUGGUAUAUGUUGAGGUCUGCAAAAGGUGAAUUAUCAAUAUUUUUAAAUUUAAAGCCAAAAGGUUUUUUUAAAUGCAUUGCUGAGAAACGUUCCUUUCAUCAAAUAAUAAAUAUUUUCCAAAA